AUGAACUUUGAUAAUUUUGAAAAAGAUUUUGCCCGCGGUAAAUUAGGAUUAAAAGUGGAACCUGAAAAACCGAGUGCUAAAAGUAGGAGAGUCAGAGAAGCAAUAAAAGAUAUCGAAGACCAGGAAGAAAAAAUGCGAAUUAAAAAUGAGGAAGAAGAAAAAUGCUUAUGUAGCGAGGGCCAUGAAACCGAACCUUUUGCUAAUUGGUUAUUACAUUAUUUGCACAGUUUUUUUUAUUAUUAUCAAAGGCAAGAUUUAGAAAGUUUUGACAAGCCACAAAAGAUAAUGAGAUAUAACUUUGAUGAUAAAAAAUUAUUGCGAGAAAGAAUUAGAUUGUUGGAAAAAGAAAUUAACGAGGGUAAUGCUGAAAUAAUUAAUACUUUUGGCGGCGAACUAAGAAGUAUUAGCAACCAAAUAGAAAAAAUAAGUGAUUUAAGCGGUAAAAAUUAUGAAGAAUUUCAAAAUAUUAAUCAGACCUUGGAAAAUCUUUAUCAGAGGUUGAAAGAUUACUAUGAUAGCAAGAGCGGCCUAGCAGAUAAUUGUGCGAAAUUAGUUUUCUUUGACCCCCAAUACAGUAAAGUUAAAGAUGUCAUCAGAGUCCACCAAGCCCCCAUGAUUUAUCAGAAUCAAGAAAAUAUUAAUAAUUUCCUACAAGAAAUAAGUCGCAUUUUACAGCCUAAUGACAAAAGCCCAUAUAUGUUGUUAGGUUCUUUAUUCCGUAAUCAAGCCGAAUUUGCUUAUUUACUACAAAAGGAGCCUUUUAAUUGCCGGGAAUUUAGAGACCGCUCUUUUGCCGGGCUAAAUAAAAGAUUAAUUGAGGCAGUAACACAAAAAGGAGAUUUAGUAGUCGACCCUUGUGCCGGUUCUUUUACUGUUCUGAAUUCUUGCCUAGAAACUAAGCGGGAAUUUUUAGGAGCCGACAUUAAUUACUCACAGAUUAAAGAAUACAUGGUUAGAGCUCGAAUAGAUUUUUCCAGUUUGGUUCCAGAGGAAAAACAAAAAAUUUUUUAUCAAUAUCGUUAUAUGGGAACUUUUAAUAAAAAAAAAAAUAUGAAGUUACCCGAAUUAAUAACCAAAAAUCAAGAAAUAAAAACCAUCCUCCAAGAAUUAGACACCCAACUAAAAAACUCUUGCCAAAAAGCCGGUUGUCCGCCUACUUGUCGGCAGAUACCUACUUCACCCCAAAGAGUUUUAAAUCAGUUAAAAAUUAUGGAAAACCAAGCUGAUGAAUUGCUGGAAUUAGGAGAAAAAUAUCCAGUUUAUCAGGAACAAUUGAAGAAUUUUGCUCGGGAGCUAAAAAAAGAGGCUAGAAUAAAAGUUCAACAAGCCAAAGAACAAACUAAACAGCAAAAAAAAACUCGUUUAAAACAAAUCUACUCUUACUUCCGCCAACAAUUAAACAAACAAAACCUAAGAGACUCCCCUUACUUCACCCCUCACUUAGACUUACCCCCCCACUUAUCUCUUUAU